UGAAAUCCAGAAAAUCCAGACAACCCAAAACCCUAGUCAUCUUCAGAUCUCAGAUAUGGCCCGCACCAAGCAGACUGCUCGGAAAUCCACCGGAGGCAAAGCACCGAGGAAGCAGCUGGCGACCAAGGCUGCUCGGAAGUCGGCUCCGGCGACCGGAGGAGUGAAGAAGCCCCACCGCUUCAGGCCGGGAACCGUGGCGCUGAGGGAGAUCAGGAAGUACCAGAAGAGCACGGAGCUUCUGAUCCGCAAGCUGCCGUUCCAGAGGCUUGUGAGGGAGAUUGCUCAGGACUUCAAGACUGAUCUCCGGUUCCAGAGCAGCGCCGUGGCGGCGCUUCAGGAGGCGGCGGAGGCUUACUUGGUGGGUCUGUUUGAGGACACCAACCUCUGCGCUAUUCACGCCAAGAGGGUCACCAUUAUGCCCAAGGAUAUUCAGCUUGCAAGGAGAAUCAGAGGCGAGAGGGCUUAGAGGAAAACCCAGAUCUCAUUGCUUUGAUAUUAAGAUUUGCUCAGCUUAAGAGAACCAUGAAUUAGCUAUUGUUGUAUAUCGAUUUGGAGAUCUUAAUGAGAAUGGUUUUUGCGAAGAU